CACACCUCUCCUGCUGUUCUGGAUUGGCCCAUGCGUCUUCACUCCCUCCACUCCAAGUUCCGCAUUGCAAACCAUUUAAGUCCUGCAGCACUUCCUUCAACCUCCACUCUCAGGCUUCAGGAGACCAUCUGCAAUCAUGUCCGACCAAGGAGCCUUCGACACCAAUGUGGUCACCGUGACCCGGUUCGUCAUGGAGGAGGGCAGGAGAGCGAAAGGGACCGGGGAGCUGACAACAUUGCUGAACUCCAUGUGCACGGCGGUGAAAGCCAUCUCGUGCGCUGUGCGCAAAGCUGGGAUCGCCCACCUUUAUGGCAUUGCCGGCAGCACCAAUGUGACAGGUGACCAGGUGAAAAAGCUGGACAUUCUGUCCAAUGAUCUGAUGAUCAACAUGAUCAAGUCAUCUUUUACCUCCUGUGUGCUGGUGUCUGAAGAGAAUGAAAAAGCCAUCAUUAUAGAGCCAGAAAAAAGGGGCAAAUAUAUUGUGUGCUUUGAUCCUUUGGACGGCUCUUCCAACAUUGACUGUCUUGUCUCCAUCGGAACUAUCUUUGCCGUCUACAAAAAGAACACAGAUGAUGAGCCCAGUGAGAAGGAUGCCCUGCAGCCUGGCAGGGACCUUGUGGCAGCAGGCUAUGCCCUCUACGGCAGCGCCACCAUGAUAGUGCUCUCCACCGGCCAGGGAGUCAACUGCUUCAUGCUCGACCCAGCAAUUGGCGAAUUUAUCCUGGUUGACCGGGAUGUAAAAAUCAAAAAGCGAGGGAAGAUUUACAGCUGUAAUGAAGGUUAUGCAAAGCACUUUGAUCCUGCCGUCAUAGAGUACCUACAGAAGAAGAAGUUCCCUCAGGAUGGCACUGAGCCCUAUAACGCCCGUUACAUUGGUUCCAUGGUGGCAGACGUCCACCGAACGCUGAUGUACGGUGGCAUCUUUUUAUACCCAGGAAAUGUGAAGAGCCCUAAGGGAAAGCUGCGGCUGCUGUACGAAGGCAACCCCAUGGCCUACAUCAUCGAGCAGGCGGGUGGCAUGGCCUCCACCGGCUUUGAAACCAUCCUGGACAUCCAGCCUGACAGCAUUCAUCAGCGGGCUCCUGUGGCUAUGGGCUCCCGCGAUGAUGUGCUGGAGUACAUCGCCAUCUGCAAGAAACAUGGCAAGAAGUGAGAGUGCAUCAUGUCACUCUCACAACCAUCACUGUCAAACAAAAACCUCCAAUCUCCAAACUGUCCAUUUUUACAGGACUGAGGAAGUCUGCCUCAUUUUGAGCUUGAUGUAAAUGCAUUUUUGAUCAUGUGGAAUUUUAAAAUGGUUUCUAAAGCACAAAAAUAUCUGGGGAUUUUCUCAGUUGGGGUUGCAAGGUUUUUGUGUCAUACCAGCAAUAUUCUAUUUUUAGAAAGCUGACUUAAACCAUCACAGCUCUACUGUGGCUAAUAAGCUAAAUAACGCACACAUUCCACAAGAAACUACCAAAAAUGUGCCAAAAUACAAAGAUGCACUAGCCUGCACUUGAAUAAAGACUCCUCCUCUUCACUUUACCUCCAAUUGUGCCUUUGCCUCCAAUUGUGCCUUGAUUAUAAUGAACAUACUUUCUUUACGCAUGAAGGACCAAAUGCAAACCUCUAUGCAACAAAACCUUAUUAUUCUGUGAACAGCUUGGAAUGUUGGAAUAAUGAAGUGUCUCAAUAAAUCAACAUGAGUCUAA